AGGCGAAAACGAAGACUGACAUUAGCAUUAGGCUUCUUGGGUGUCCAAGCUUUGGAUGCCGCUGCAGUGGCCAAUGGUGAGGGUAAAUCAAAGAGCAGCAGCAGCUCGAGUGAUGAUAAUGCUGAUAGCAAAAUUGCAGCCUCAACUGCAGCAUUGGAAACGGAAACGCCCAAAGAUAAACGACAAGUGGGCGGCAAAGAGACGCCCAUUUAUCCCAAUCAUCGUAGCAUCGACGCAUCCUCAAAUCAAGCCGCCAAUGCGGCGGCCCAUGGCGAUGAUCCCGAGGAUGGGCAGGAGACGAUUUAUGGCGGCAAGCCGAAUCAAUUUAUCAUACGCCCCAUAGCACCGCAUCAGCAUCAGCAACAUGAAUCGCAUCAGGAGCCGCAAUUGAGAAAUUUCGGAGCAACCAAUACCCGUCCACAUGCAGCCCAAUUGCUGGAGCAGAGCCAAGAGGUGCAGCACUAUGUCUAUCUGCAAGACAUUAUGCGGCAUCACCAGCCCAAGGCCCUUGUGGCUGCAGGUCAAGGCAAAGGUGCGACCAAUGGACCCAAAAAAACCGUCACCCCGGUGGCAGAGGAAGAGCAAGAACAGGAGGCGGAGCAACGUUAUGCCGUAUCGAUACAGCCGCAACCACGUCCGCGUCCGUAUCCGGGAGUUGGCCCCUAUCAAUUGCCAUUGCCGUUGCCGGCUCCGCAGCAUCAUCAGAGUCAAGGACACCAACAACAACAGCAACAGGGCUCAACUCAACAACAACAACAACCUUAUCAGGUGAUACCCGAAGAACAGUUCUUAAAGUUGCUAGAAGAAGAGCUGCAGGUUCGUGCCUAUCAUGAGCAAUUGAGGCAGCAACAGCAACAACAACAUCAUCAUCAUCCUCAACAGGGACAUCCUCAGGCCCAGGCACUUGUCCAGCAACAGCAGCAGCCAUCCCCCAAAUCUCUGCCCAUACAUAGUACGGCGGCCACACACAAAGUUAUUCAACAGGCCGAACCAAUUUUGGGAUUAGGUGGCUAUCGUGAACGUCUGGUGGCCGAGCAAGAACUGGUGUCGCCUGCCUAUAGCCGUGGUGGGCCCAAGUAUCUGCCUCUGUCCCAGGUGCAGCAGCAGCAACAGCAACAACACCAACAACAGGUGGACGAGGAGCAGGAGCCACAGCCACCGCCACGGAGUCAUCUGCAUCAGGCACAGCAGCAACAACAACUAAUAUCUGCUCUACCUCCACAGAUUGCCUACUAUCAGCCACAGAUCAGUUACAAGACACUGCCCAAUCAUCCAUUGGCCAAAUCCUCAUUGGAAAGUGAAAUUGAGAAACUAUUGGCAGCCAAUAAACCCGGUCACGGUCUUGCCUAUGUGGACAGCAGCAAUGAACCGACUUUGGUCAAUCAUCAGCAUCAGCAUCAGCAUGGCAUCCGCUCUGGUCCCCCGCCGGCACCGUUGCCGCCACCACAGCAUCCAGCACCGCCAACAUCCCAUCCAGCAUUGCGUCAACCGAAGGCAUAUUUGGCCAGUACACCCAACUCCCUGCUGGAUGCCAACAAUCAACCAUUUAUACCAUCGCUCUUCAAAUUCAGUAACUAUCAACAGCCCACUCCCAUUUAUCCCAGUCCCAGUCAGGCGCCACCUAGCCAAUUGGAGCAAAAGAGGCUUGGACCUGUUGUCUAUCCCACCCAGCCGGCAAAUCAACCGCAGCCGUCACAAUACUAUUACCAGGAGGCGGUGCCCACGCCCACAGCAGCCCCCAAGCCAAGUCCCAAGCAAUAUCAUCGCUCCAAGCACUAUAAAUUGGCCGCACCACAGAAGGCAUUGUUCUAUGCCGACUAUGCUGAUCGCAGUCAAGGAUCACCGACGAAUUUCUAUCCCAGUCCGCCUGAUCCCAUCAAGCAUAGCCAAAGGACUGUCACCGUAACGCCCACUUCACUGCCGUCACCCAUUUCCGAUUAUCCAUCGCCAUCGCCCUCACAGUCCAGCAUCUACGUGUCGCAGGGCACGGGCAUAGCUGGGCCGUCACGUCCUGUCCCACCCACAGCAACAUCGGUGCACAAGCUACGCACCUUGGACGAAGUAAAACAAUUGAAUUUGCCACCGCCCAAUGGCAAACCCCUCACUCAGGCCGAAUUCCAGGCUCUCGUCGAUGCUGGCUAUCCGGUUAAGGCUGUUCCAGUGCCCGUUCCCGUGCCGUAUGAGCAAUAUGUCAAGGACCAUCCCGAAUAUCGCAAUCAUCCGCCAGUAGACUAUGCCCAUUUGAUGCGUCUGGCCACACGGCAAUUGUCCGCCCAUCAGCAUCAACAUGCCCGCUCAUUGGCCGCCCCCUCAGAGCCGUCGGUGAAGAUUGUCUCCACACCAUCGGCAGCUGAACUCCAACAGCAACAGACGGCCACUGGCAUUGGCGGCGGCAGUGUCACCUAUUUGCAGCCCAUUGAGGGACAUCCCCAUGCCCUCCAGAAGCGGCGGCCACGCGACGAACAGGACACUGCGGUCGCUGGCAGCGAGCCCAAGGCAGCGGCUCCCCCAGCAGCAGCAGAGCAAACGAAAGCGAAAGCUUAGUACUUAGCAAGUAUCGAUGCAUCUGGUUUUUAGUUAAAAUGUCCUUGUCUAGUUUGUAAGUAUUGUA